AUGGCAAAUCAGGAGUCUUUUCGAGGUGUUGGGGACCGGUUUGGCAUAGAGAGGGAUCAACUGCAGAGGAUCUUCAUAAGUUUCUGUGAGACUAUCCUGGAGAUAAGAGGUGAAUAUAUAAAAUGGCCAUCAAAGGAAGGUGCGAUUGUAAAUAUUCAAGAAUUUGAAGAAAGGUGGAGCUUUCCUCAUACAGUUGGUGCUAUUGAUUGCACAGAGGUACCCAUUAAACCACCUAAUCAGAACAGAGACAGUUACAUAAACAGGAAGGGUGUAGCUUCCAUGAAGACUCAGGCCGUGUGUGAUCACAAAUUGCGUUUUAUGGACGUUUACAGUGGCUGGGUUGGCUCUGUUCACGAUGCCCGCAUGUUCCGAAACAGCCCACUGGCUUUACAUCUUGCUCGACCCGAUGUCUUGCCACCAAACGCUCACAUCAUAGGUGAUGGUGCUUAUCCACUGCAGAUCAGUCUGAUGACCCCAUUUAGGGAUAAUGGUCAUUUAAGCGACUUACAAAAAAAGUACAACAGAAUUCACAGUUCAGCUCGAACAGUGAUUGAACGAAGCUUUGCUUUACUGAAGAGCAAAUGGAGAAGACUCAAGUAUUUGGACAUGGACUUGAUGGACAAGGUUCCCAACGUCAUUGUAACAGCUUGUGUUCUACACAACUUGAUUAUCGACCUUGAACAGGUGGAAGAGAAUGAUACUGUUGCUGAUAUGGAUAACGAGGAAGGUCAACAUGCAGUUCUUGAUGAUGUAAGAAAUGCAGCUGCUGCUGUUAAGCGUCAAAGGAUUGCUAACAUGUUGUGA